AUGUCUUAAUUAGAUGAAAAUGAAGAUGAUUAUAAAUUUUUGAAAAGUUUUAUUUCUGGUGGAUUUGCUGGUGCAUGUGCUAAAACAGUUAUUGCUCCGAUUGAAAGAAUCAAAUUUUUAUUUGUUACAAGAUAAAAACAAUUUAAAUAUAAAAUAGCAUUUUAAGAAGCCAAAUAUAUUUUCUAAAAACAUGGCAUUAAAAAUUUUUGGAGAGGAAAUAGUGCUAAUUUAAUAUCAAUAUUACCAUUUUCAGCUAUUAAUUUCUCAACUUUUGAUUUUCUUAGAGAUAUAAUAAUUCAAAAAAUAAGUUAUUUUAUUUUUAUUGGAGCAACUGCUGGUGUAGUUGCUUAAUCUUGUACUUAUCCUAUUGAAUUCCUUAGAACAAGAAUGGCUAUGUAAAAGGAUAAUUUUAAAUACAAUAGUUUGAUUCAUGCAUUUAAAGAAAUAUAUAAAAUUGAAGGUAUUAGAGGAUUUUAUAGAGGAUUAACAUUAGCUAUAAUAGGAGUUUUUUUUUAUCAUGGAUCUGGAUUUUUUAUUAUUACAAAUUUAAAAGAGUAUUCAGAAAUACAUUAUCCUAAAACUUCUAAAGAAUGGUAUUUUGAUUUUGCUUUUGGAGCUUUUGGGGCAACCUUUUCUUAAGUUCUUGCCUAUCCUUUUGAUAUUAUGUAUAAAAGAAAAUAAGGCGAAGCUUUACUAGUAUAAACAGGUGAAUAGAAAUCUGAAAUGACGACAAGUUAAAUGUUUAAAUUUUAUUUACAUAAAGAAGGAUUUGGAAGUGCAUUAUUUAAAGGAGUUACAAUAAAUAUGAUAAAAGCACCUAUAGCCAAUGGAACUGCUUGGGCAAUAAAAAAUAAAGUAAAUAGAUAUAUUGAUAGUAGUUAUGAUUUUUGA